CUCGGCGACCGCAAUCUUCCAGCACUACGCUUUGACGAAGGACCUGGAUGUUCACCUCCCGCGCCAAGAUCGCCCAGCGCCUCCUGCGCCGCCUCCAUGGCACCAACGCGACGCCGCUCGCCAAGCGACCUGCUCGCCCAAGCGUGACGAUGGGCCGCGCCUUGGCGCUCGGCCUCGGCGGAGCUGCCGGCCUCCUGGGGUCGGCGAUGGCUGUCGCCAGCCUCGAGAGCGACGACGCGGUCUUCACCAAUUGGUCGGCGACGCACUCGUGCCACCCCGCCAAGGUCUACCACCCCGAGUCGCUCAAGGAGCUCAUUGACAUUGUCGCUACGCACCAUGCGCAGCAGAAGAAGCUGCGCGUCAUGGGCUCGGGCGUUAGCCCGAACGGUCUUGGCUUCUCGGACGACUCGAUCCUCACCAUGAGUGCGUUUGACCGCAUUUUGCACGUCGACGCCGCCAAGAGCCAAGUGACGGUCGAGAGUGGCGUUGUCGUUGGCGACCUGCUCUCGCACUUGCGUACCCACGGGCUCACGCUCCAAAACGUGGCGUCGAUCCGCGAGCAGAGCAUUGCCGGCGUCACGCAGGCCGGGUGCCACGGCACGGGCGCAGCCAUCCCGCCCAUGGAAGAGCAGAUCGUGUCGAUGGAGAUUUUGACGCCGUCGCAAGGCCUUUUGACCCUCGACGACCCGUCCGACCAUCGGUUCCAGCUCGCCAAGUGCGGUCUCGGUGGCCUCGGCGUCGUCACCAAGCUCACAUUGCAGUGCGUGCCGAUGCACAAGCUGCUCGAGACGACGACCUUGUACACGCUCUCGGAACUCAAGAAGGUACACGCGUCGCUUCUUGUGGAGAACCAGCAUUUGCGCUACAUGUGGCUGCCGUACACGGACAAAAUCGUCGUCGUCACGUGCAAGCCGUACACUGACGGGUCGCCGAUUGGAUCGCGAAUCUCGGACGAUAUCGAGUUCCGGCUGGAGGAGCUUCGGGCUUUGUACAAGCAAGUCGCGACCGUGCCGGACCCGGACCACGUCAACUGGCGCUUCACACAGCUCCGCGACUCGCUCUACGCGCUCGACCCGCUCAACGCCCGGUACAUUGCGCGUGUCAACGAGACCGAAGUGAGCUUCUGGGAAAAGAGCCAGGGAUCGCGCGUCGCGCUCUCCGACGAUGUCAUUGGCUUUGACUGCGGCGGUCAGCAGCUCGUGUCGGAAGUGGCGUUCCCGUCUGCGAACGGGUCGGACUUGACGUUCAUGGAAGACCUCCUCGCGCGCAUCGAGCGCGACCAGAUCCCCGCACACACGCCGAUCGAGCAGCGCUGGACCGCGAGCAGCCGCGCGGCCAUGAGCCCGGCGUCGUCGCCGCUGCAGGAGCAAGUGUUUUCGUGGGUCGGCAUCAUCUACUAUUUGCACGAAGCGUCGCCGUCGCUCGACGCGAUCAAGGACGCGUUUGUCGACUACUCCAAGCUCUUUGAAGACGUCAUGGCGCCGUACGGCGCCGCCGAACAUUGGGCCAAGCUCGAGUUUGCGCCGCGCAGCGCAUUGGAGCGCCAUGUCCUCAAGGACCGACUCCGCAGCCGCUUCCCGCUGGAGGCGUACCGCACGCUGCGUAACGAGUGGGACCCGCACCACAUCUUGUCCAACGACUUUGUCGAUGAGCUCUGCAGCACCGACUUGUAAGUUCUCAGCGGUCGUGUAAGACCAACGAAGAAUACAUUCCUCCGUGUCCAGG